UCCGAAGGGUUGACGCAUGGGAAAGUGCAAUAAAUUAUUAGGAUCAUUAGAAUAAAGUCAAUCUAAGAGUCGGAGAACUAGCCACUCAAUUAAUUUUCAGUUAAAAUAAUCACAAUAAUCAUGAUACAGAAUUUGCGUGGUGCUGUUUUACGAGUGGUGGCAUAUGAAUCUGAAGGAAUCACAGGCCAUGUCGACUCCGAGACAAUGACCAUGAUGGGAAAUCAAGCAGCAGAAAAAACCUUAAGGGAUUUGCAAUACAUACUAAACUUCAGAAUCAUACUACGGCGAUGGGCAGAAAACGAAACAAAUGUCAUGCAAGCAGGAUAUUUUGAAUCUGGCAUAGCUCGUGAAUUAUCAAACGACCGAGCUGACAUAGGAGUUGGCUAUUUUUUUGUGACACUGUCGAGGCUGAAUAUUUCUUCACCACUGAUUCCCAUGAUCUCAGAAACAGUGCACGCUUACUUUGUUCCCUUGUCGUCCGAAAAUCUACACCCAAAUGUUUUUUUUACAACUUUUGGAAUCGAUUUGCUAGUCGUCUUUUUCUCGGUUAUGUUCCUAAUUUCAUUAUUUUCAGUAAUUUCACUCAAAUACAAGAACCUUAGUCGAAAAUCUAUUGAUUAUUUCGAUACAAUUGUGAUAGUUUCAUCGCUUGUUGGUCAACAAGGUUAUUUCAUGAAAAAAUUUGAACUGUCUCCUGCUUACAAGUUUCUAGUUUUCUCUGGAGAACUAAUUUCUGCUCUUAUGUUUUCUGCUUAUACUGCGAAUUUGCUACUGGCUAUGACCACGAAGAUUAGUCUGAUAAAAUCCCUUGACGAUCUUAUCGACUACAAGUUUGAUUUUCACGGAAAACCUGGAAUAUACGAUAUGAUUCAUGACGUGGAGAAACCCAUACCUUUCCUUCUUGGGGAAACAACAGAAGAAUCCGUCUCAUCCAUAUUCGAGGGUCGAAGUGCAUACAUUGGCGUUCCUCCAACAUCAGUAAAUGGAAAACAUUUACUUUGGGAAUUACAGAAACAUUUCAAUUCGACUUACGUGGACGGAAAAAUUUGUGAAUCAUUAGAGUCAGUUUGUUUGCAGAAUGCAAACGUGUUCGUGGCCAGUUCCUUCUACACUAAAAAAAAUUCCCAUUUACGUGAUCAUCUUAAUCAAGGGAUUCUCAAGAUUCACGAAACUGGCCUAAUGAAGAGGUAUUUUAGAUAUGCAGGUCGAGAACAAUUAGAGUGCAGGAAAAAAUUACCACUUCAGCAUCUCAACAUACGCGACAUGGGAUCCGCUUUCAUAAUCACAAUUAUCGUGGACAUAGUUGCUUGUUUUGUUUUUAUUUUAGAAAUAACCGUUAACUAUGUUCAUCAAGUACCGCGUUAAUGUCAAUAAUAAGCUGGUUAUAAUAAUUAGAUUUAGCAAAUUAAAAAUCAAUAAGUAUUUAUUCUACAUAUUUAUUAAAACAUUACAGAAGCAUCAACACCAAGUGACUAUUGGCCCCUAAAUUUAAAAUCCAGGAGUCAUAAUUCCAACGGUAUCGACUGACUACUCUUAUCAAGUCCUGAAUUUUGGAACAUUCCCCGAUGGGGAUAUUUGUUACAAUUAAAUACGAUGUCUAUGAGCUAAUUGAUAGGCAGUUUUCCUAGAGCCUUUCCACCUAUCCGAUAGACGAUUGAUUAUCACUCUGAUAAAUUCCUAUCUGUCUGUCAAUGUCAGGCAGCACAAUGAGAAUUUAUAAACCUGGAUUACUUUCAUAGAACUAUGAAACAAACUACUGUUAUUUAGUAUGGGUUUCUAUAUGAGUAUAUGUAUGUAUACCAAUUAUUCGCUGUUGGUUCGGGAGUGCAUUUAAAUAUUCGUUAAAAUCACUGCAAUUCUAAUUAUUAGUUAAAUAUACUCGAAAUAAAUAUUUAUUCUCACAAUUGUCAAUUUACAUUAUUCUAAUUAAGCACGUUUAUGCAUGGUGUUGAAAGGUAUUUUCUUUCAUAAUACGCAAAACGAUGGAAUUGGAUUUUAGCCGUUAAUACAUAUUAUCAAAAUAGUGCUUACGUUAUUGCAUAGAAUAGGGUCAGAGACACAUAUUCAUUUAACGCACAGAUGUAUUAAGAAAUUAUAAUAAAAUUAAUAAAACAAAAAUACGAAUGGUGGUGCACUGCAAUAGUUAGGAUAUUAGUCCAUGUCAUACAUAUUUAGGCUUAUUAAUGCACUAGUAAAUUAUUUUUAUUACAAUACUGAACGCUGGAUUAGGCCAAUAAUUUCAUAUACAACUUAGUCAUGACGUGACUAUAAAUAAUUCGUUUGCAUGCUUGAGAUAUCUUAGUCGGCAUUCAUUCUGAACCCUUCAACAAUAAGCAAUUAUUUUGAGGUCUCCAGUGAUCAUGGGUGUCAGUUAUUUGCGAUGGCUAAUCAUCUCAAUUUUGGGAUUUGUGCAUAUUUGCGGUGCCCUUCCAGUUGCCCCAGAUGCCCAGGCAUCCAUUGGGCGUCAAGACGUUGGUGAUGGCGUGGAGGGUGUAGGAGAAUUAGUGGAGGUCGGAGAACAAGUGGGAACUAUCGUGAACGGAGUUGUCUCUUCAAAUGUUGGGGAUAUAUUUAAGGGAACGUUACCUUUUAUUGAGGAUUCAGAUGUUCAGACAGGAGUUGGAACAAUUUUCGACUCGUUGACAAAACCCUUAAACAUGUUAUGGGCAGCAGGAAAUAAACAGGCUCUCAAAUAUUUUGGUAUCACGGAAGCUACAACGAGAAACCCAUUGCUAGCGAAUACUGCCAACAAUAGUACGGCGGUCAUUCCAGCUGCAGGAACGGUCAUAGCUACGACGGCUGCACCAGUUCAAUCGGUCGUUGCUACUACGGAAGAGGCAGAUUCACCAGACGAUGGCGACGGAGAAGAGAGCAAAAUUAGAAAUUUACAAAAAUUAGCGCAAUGAAGUUUGAAAUAUAGAGCUCAAAAUCAGUUAUUCAAUUUAAUCAACUUGUAUUCUUUAAUCAUAAAAUAAAUAUGUUCAUCUCGUGCC